AAAUAGAAUUUACCGAAAAUUUAGGAGGAGGAAUUAGAAAUGGAGGAGAGGAAGGGACGCCGGGGGAGGUGGUGAGCAGCGGUGGAGGAGAAGGCGGCGGAGGUGGCGGUGGAGAGAGAGAGAGAGAGAGAGAAGGUGUGGAAAUGCUAAAGGAAGGUGCGACCGUUUCAAAGCGAAGUUAUCGGCGAAUCGAGUCCAAUCGGCAAUCGUCCGACAGAGAAUAGAGAGAGAAAGAGACGACGAUGACGACGGGGAUGAUCCCUCAGAGCAUUGUCGGUAUCCUUCUCCUUAUGCUGCUCCUCGUCCUCCUUCUCAUCCUCAUCGCCUGUAAGCCAUGGCGCCUCUGCUUCUCUUCUUCCUCCCGUUCUCGCUCUCUUAAGAAUGGGGGUGAGAUAGAGAGGCCUCUUGUUUCAGAUGAUGUGGAUGCCCAUAAUGGCAACAAUGAAGGUGGAAGAACCUAUGAUAUUGAGGGAGCUUGUUAUCAAAAUGACGGGCUGUUGCGUAUGCCUCGCAUGGAGGGACUUGUCCACAAACCAAGGGUUCCUUCUGCAUCUCCUCAUGUGACUCCCCAAGCAGUUGAUAGCUUGAUCUUAGAGGUAGUCCCGGAACCUGUGGAGGAUGUUACUGUUGGAAAAACCCUUAAGUACUCUCCACUUGCUGGACGCUUGCUUGAGGCGCAAAAACAUUUUCGACCAGAAAAUCAAAUUUCUAAUGUAAAUCCUGGUUCACAAAAAAAUAGGUUACCAGAAUCUUCACCCAAGGUUAUUGAUCAUCAGGGUAGCUGCCUCUCCCUUGAGGUAAUUUCUGGUCCUUCUAGUGGACAACGCUGCUCUGUGCAAUCAAUGAAUGCUUCACGGGUUUCUGUGACCCUUGGAAGAGUUUCCACUGACUUAUUGUUCAAAGACACGGAGGUAUCAGGGAAACAUGCUAUGAUCAACUGGAAUGGCUAUAAAAAGAAAUGGGAGGUUGUUGACAUGGGUAGCCUCAAUGGAACGCUUCUAAACUCUCAGCCAAUCAACCACCAUGAUCCUGAAAGUAGACAGUGGGGUAGGCCGGUUGAGCUUUCAAGCGGAGACAUAAUAACUCUUGGCACAACAUCGAACAUACAGGUCAAUGUAACAUCGAAGGCGGAAACCAGAAUGAGAAUACCCUUUGGCAUAGGCAUGGCUUCAGAUCCCAUGGCUUUGCGCCGUGGAGGAAAGAAGCUACCUAUGGAAGAUGUGUGCUAUUAUUCGUGGCCCCUUCCAGGCAUUCAUGAGUUUGGUGUUUUUGGGGUUUGUGAUGGGCAUGGUGGAGCAGUGGCCGCGAAAUCUGCCAGCAAGAUGUUGCCAGAGAAACUUGCCAAUAUUUUAUCAGACUGUGUGAUGAGGGAAAAAGUCAUAUCGCAAGGCAAUGCUGCAGAUGUUCUUAAAAUUGCAUUUUCCCAAACAGAGGCUUCCCUGACUAACUAUUAUGAGGGUUGUACAGCAACAGUGCUUCUGGUUUGGACUGACGGUGGAAAUCGUUUCUUUGCUCAAUGUGCAAAUCUUGGGGAUUCCGCUUGUGUUAUAUAUGUCGAUGGGGAGCCAAUCAAGAUGACAGAAGACCACAGAGUGGUUAGUCACUCUGAAAGACUUCGAAUGAAUGGAAUAGGAGAUCAGCAGUUAAGAGAUGGGGAAACACGUCUUUGUGGUUUGAAUCUUGCUCGAAUGCUCGGAGACAAGUAUCUGAAACAGCAAGAUGCUCGCUUCAGUUCGGAGCCUUACAUAAGUGAAGUCGUGCACAUAGAUCAGUCAAGCUCAAGUGGCAGUUUUGCAGUUUUAGCCAGCGAUGGGUUCUGGGAUGUUGUCAGUGUUAAAAAGGCUGUCCAGCUUGUCCAGCAGGCGAAUGAGAAGGAGCAUGCAGAAGGGGAGAAUCCAGCGGAGAAGAUUGCGAAUGCUCUGCUGAAUGAAGCUAGAGUACUGCGUACAAAGGAUAACACCUCCGUACUUUUCUUGGAUUUUGAUAACAAAGUUAGGUCCUUGUAAAGUUACAUCGUAAUGCAGAACUCAGUCUCGUUAGCGUAGAACAAUGUCUUUAUAUUCAUGUUUUGAGGUGUCUAUAACAGAAGUAAGAUGAACUACCAUGAUGGUGAGAACAAACACAGUGGCCGCCUGCAUCAGCAACUUUGUGGAUUUGAAGUUGGAAGCUGCCGAAAAGUUACCGCAGGGUUGCUUGGUUGUCAAGGCAGUGCUAGUCUUGGUGGAAUAAGAAAGGUUUGCUUUAGAGAGGUAGUAAUAGGAAGAAGGUUGAUUGAUAGAGAAAUGUCGCAAUAGAGUUGUAGCUUUCUUGAAAUUAGGUUGAACUCUCUUUACCGAGAAAUGACAUCGGAACCCUUAUCUUUCUUUGACAUGACUACCGUGAAUGAAUCGACUGUAAUUUCGUUUAUCUUUGUUUUCGUGCAUUGAAUAAAGAGUUAUGGUUGUUCUGAUCAAAUUUUGAG